AUGCUCUUCUACCCUGUCAACCUCCCCCUCCCCUCCCUCGUAACCGCUACUCUCGAAGUAACCCUCGGCCUCACCGUCCUCAUUACCGCCCGCUCACCCUUCUCCUUCCUCACAUCCCGCCCAAUCCUCGUCUCCUACCCCACCACCGCACGCAUCGCAGACGCCAAUCGCUUCCUCGGCAUGCUCGCACUUGGGCUGGGCAUGAGCUACUUCGCCGGCUCCUACAUGCCACUUGAACAGAAUCAAGUCGUGCACGCGAGCGUGCCGAUACGACUGGGGCUGGCCGGAAUCAUGUUUGGGGUGUGUGCGGUGAAGGGAAGGAAGGGCAUGAGUGAGGAGGGGUUUUGGGAAUUAAUAGCGCUGGGUGUGUUUGAUGUGGUCGGCUCGGUAGUGGUGGCGUUGAGUCUUGGCCCUGGUGGCGUUUGGGAUGGGAAGGUUAGAGGGUGGGAGAGUCUAUAA